GGGUAUUUUAAGUUUUAAUGAAUCUGAAUUAAUUAUCCUUUUUCCAAAACAAAUAUAUUGAUCAUGCAGCUCAUAAAUAUGUUUAGAAAAGCAACAGCAGGCGUUGCCUUGGCCUUCAACGGUUUUCAUCAGUCGCCCAGUUACUUAGUUUCAUUUCGUUGCCAGUCCUGACCAGUUUUAUUUUGUUUUGUAGGAGUACAGAGCUCCCCAAAAGUAAAAAUUAUCUACCCCAAGCGAAUUUUAUACCGCGUCUCGACGUUCGCUUCCUUUCGCUGGUCAGUAAUCCGCAUCCGUGGAAGUAAAUUCAGUAGUCCGCGAAUACGAGUGCUUGCUUUUUGGAGGUUUUUGCUAAAUUUUGUGCGUAGAUCGGUUUCCAGAAUGAGUAGCCACCAGCGCAGUCUGGGAAAGCUGGCCCAGCGGGGCGUCAGCCUGCAGAUCUCCCCGUUAGCCACCUCGAUGAGAACUUUCUAUCACACCGGGAGAAGGCCAUACACAGCCCAGAGUCUGGGCCAGCUGAACCAGUGGUCGAGGCAAAGACAGCCUGACAGUUUUGAGCGAAGCCAGAUGCGCAACAUCGCCGGAGUGAAGAAGCCACUGGUCAACCAAAUGAAGGGAAUGUCCACUAGUAUUGCGUCCUCGAAGGUAGACCCCUACAAGAUUUACGACAAGACGCGUCUGUUUUCCUUCUCGAGCAGCCUGAACAGUCGGGCGCAACACCAGGAGCAGGAGGAGGACGAGGGGGAGUACUCGGACCAAGAGUCCAUGCCACCCAACUCUACUGCCUCCUUGUCAGCCACCCAGAGGCGGUACAACCAGGCGGCUGGAAUUGGCAAAGGCAUGGCCCAGCAGGCGGCUAGGGACAUCAGCCAGUCUAUUCAAGAGGAGCUCAUGGUGGUCGAUUGUGAGACGCGCGACAUGCUUAACUGCGAUCCUGGUCGCAAAAGGGUACGCAACUACCACGACCAGAUGACCAACAGGCAGCAGAACGGCCCAUCAGAUCCCAUGCAGGGCUGGAAGCAUCCAAGGUCUCUCAAGUAUCUCUCUAAUAUUUCGGCUAGCGACAAAGAAAUUAGCAGCAGCAGCAACAGCAGCAGUGGGUCAUCGCCCGAGGAACAGAUAGAUCGCCAGGUGAGGCCACGCCGCCGCCAGAUGGUCAUGGGUCACGUCAGUCGCAACCGUGAUGCCCUGACCAAUGCAGCACUCGCCUCGCCCCAGUUCAGCUCCGAACCUAGUUAUGAGAUGUAUACGUCCACUGCUAAGGAGAAGUUCUCGGAGCAGCGCAGCGAACCGCGCCCGCAGACCGGUUGGCACAGCCCGAAGAGGGCCGUCGAAGAGAACCCCGAGGAUCAGCUAAUGGACGUGUCCUUGGUCCGGGCAGUGCGACCGGAUGUCACCGUAGCCAGAGGCCUCCAGAAGUUUGAGGAGGAACCAGCCGAAUCGAGUUCGUUAUAUGAGCAGCCGAAGUCGGAGCGCGAUUUCCUGAAGAAGGCCAUCCUUGGCGGAAGCAGGGAUCGCCGUAACUCUGGACAAGUCCGUAUGGAUGAGCUUCGCUACGAUUCGGCUGCGAAUGCAGCCCAGAUAAGCGCCUCCCAGCAGGUUAUUAACCAUAAGUACUCCGGAUUCCGCAGUUCGGCACAAGGAAAUCAAAAGCAGAUUGUGGAGUCUGUGAAUCCGACGCCGCAGCUCAAAACUUAUCGGCGGGCCGUGUCGGAGCCCCGGGACAUGCGCAGGAGGCGCGGCUCAGCGAGGCAGUCCGUCGAACGACAGCCUGCGCCCCGAUUUUUCGGUGAGCACCGCCGGCCGGAUGAGGAUGAAGAUGAGGACGAGCCCAGGGACAGGGCGAAUCUUUACAAGUCCAACUGGCCAUCGCCGAAUCACUCACUUCUACAGAUGUCCUCACGGAGCGAUUCUAUCUUGGAAUCGGAGAGCAAAGGGCGCGAACGGAAUGUCAUGGGCGAGAAGCGGGGGCCCAAGAAGGCGACCAGCCCAGAAUACCCCGUGGGGCAAAACAACGACAUCGGGAUGCCAACAGAAUACAGGAAGCAGUCGGCCGUGCAGCGCUUGGGAAAUGCUUCGUCCAAGCACACCAGCCGAGCCUUCAACAGCUACUAGGUCCCAGUCUCAACCGAAAAUGUGCCACGACAAGCCCCCAACGAGUCCAAAGCAAUUCCAAUCCGUGUCCAUACCACUCUCCCAGCCCGUCAAUAGAAUGUCCUAGCCAGCCGGAAGUUCGCGCAUACAGUUGUCAAAAUCCCUUGAAGUCAUCCAAAUUGAGGCCCGAUAAUCUCUUUAGCCAAUGUGUCGUAAUUUCAUCGUAUAACCAUUAGUACCUUAAAUAAAAUUUAUUACAGUUGUCUAA